AAGGCAGCCACCUCCCUGAAACUGGCCGGGGGGCCCGGUUUGCUCUCCAGCACACGCCAGGGCCACUUGCCUGCUGGAAUGGCCCGGACCAUUGAGAUAGAAAGCAAUGCGAGCAGUACUGGGAACUGCAUUUCUCCGGAUGCAAGAGACAGUCCCUUAUUUGUUGCUCAGCCAUAAUUGCCCUUGAACUGAGUGGCCAUUUCAGACUGUGAUUGAGGAUCAGCAUCAUUGCAGUAGGCCUGGAGUCACACGUAGGCCAGGCAAGUUAUCGAAUGGAAGUGACUUAGUGACUACAGAGAAGAAGAAUAAAGGAACUCUCAUUGGCGUUCUGGUCAACAUUUAUCCCUCAGCCAUCACUAUGAAGAGAAGGCUAUGUGUUGCAGUCUGUGGGAUCUUGUUGUGUCAAAGCUAGCUGUUGUUUCUCCUACAUUAUAAAAUUGACUACAUUUCAAAAAUACUUUAUUGGCUGUAAAGUGUUUGGAGAUAUCCAGUGACCAUGAAAGGCUGUAUAAUAAUGAAAGUCUUUCUUUCCAUGCUCCCAAAAAAGCAAAGGAAAGCUAAGAGAGAGAACACCAUUAUGUGGAAACUGUGCAGAUGUUUGGACUGUAGAGAUAAUCAGGUCAUUGCCAAGGUCAGCUGGGAACACGUUACUUCAUGGGUUAUGCUGAUGGAGCUUCCUGACAACUCUAAAAGACCCAUUCAAAUUCUAUUUUAUAUUCAAGGAAAGAUGCAGAUGGCACUCAUGAUGUUCUUAAAGUUUAUGUGCUACUUGGUGAGGCUGGUACAAGCUCGGUUUUGUUGCUCCCUUUACAAAGGCACAUGCAAUGAGUUAAUAAAAUGUGAGGCUGGAUGAACACAGCAGGUCAAGCAGCAUCUCAGGAGCACAAAAGCUGACGUUUCGGGCCUAGACCCUUCAUCAGAGAGCUUCAUCAGAUCUCUCACAUGCAAUGAGUUACGCCUGUUUGGACAAUGUGACAGGGGACAUCCUGUGUCUUUGAAGGCAUAUCGAAGAAAAGAGCUAAAGUCUUCAACAGGGGAAAGAUUGAAGUGGUGAGAGGAAUUUAAAUGGAGUUGGAAACAUGGAUGGGGAUUCGUGACAGAACAAUGAACAGCCUGUUAAGCCAUUUGUGGAUUAUGGGUACAACUGCCAGUGCCGCUCAACAAACAGUAUCCAUAGGACAACCCAGCGACAAUGGCCAGAGCAAUGAGACGACAGACAGCAGGCGAUCAAUUAGUGUCAACUCCUUCCAGACACUCAGCAUUCACAACAAGGCCAAAUCCAUCAUCACCAACAAGGUGGCACCCGUGUUGAUCACGUAUAACUGUAAAGAAGAGUUUCAGAUUCAUGAUGACUUGUUAAAAGCAAACUAUAUAAUUGGGAAAAUUUCAGAUAACUUGCCGGAACACUAUCUUGUUCAGGGAAAGUAUUUCAUGGUUUGUGAUGUCUACAAUAAGAUAGAUGUCUUGAACACUACUGGCCAGUAUGGAGUGCCCAACUUCAGGCAGGCCAAGGGAAGCUACCCAGUGUUCGGAAUGGGCCAACCUAGCCUUAAUGGCUUUAAACAAGUUCUUCAAGUGUUUGAGCAGGAAGGUUAUGAGGAAAUUCUGUUUUUCUGCGUUCGUGAGGAGCCUGUGGUUUUCCUGCAUGUCAAGAAUGACUUUAUCCCGUACACUCCCCGGAGCAAAGAAAAUCUUCACGAAAACCUUCGUGACUUAGGAAGAGACGUAGAAGUGGAAAAACUAGAGCUGGCCAUCAGGAAGGAGCUUUAUAACUUUGCUCAGUUGAAUGAAAACAUCAAUUACGUCUAUAAUGACAUAGAACAUUUUAAGGAUGAGCCUCGGACAAUCUGUAUUUACAGUGAAGAGGAUAUCAAUGUAACAGAAGAGGUUUACAAAAGACCUUUCUUUACCAAGCCAUCUUGUAGGUACUAUCGAUUACCGCUGCCUGUGGAUGGGUUACCACUACAGUCACAGAUAGAUGUCUUUAUUAAUUCACUCAGGGAGACUCCAAAUCUCUUGCUUCUUCAGAACUCUGAAAGUCCCCCUCCUGCAUUAAUCUUCAGCUGUCAGGUUGGAGUUGGCAGGACAAAUUUAGGGAUGAUACUGGGAACCCUUGUGAUGUGUCACAGGAAGAGCUUUCCUGAAAAAUGGGGAGAUGAUCAGAAUACCAGCGUUAAAAAGAAGGAGCAAUUGCAGAUGAUCCAAAACUUUGUGAAGGCCCUACCAAUGGGACAACAAAUUGUGGAAGAGGUGGACACAGCCAUUGCUCUCUGCUCCGAAAUGCAUGACAUUAAAGAAGAUAUCUACGAGUACAAGCAGAAGCUGGAGGUUAUUGGGGAGAAUUGCCAAGUUGAGGGCAACAGCACCAAAGAAUAUUUUCUCCAAAGAAUACUACAGAGUGCCGAGCGUUAUUUCUAUCUGAUUGCUUUUAACUACUAUCUGCAUGAACAGUAUCCUUUGGCCUUUUCGCUUAACUUUAGCAGGUGGAUGUGCAGGCACCCUUGGAUGUACAGACUCUUGGCUGGUAUGAAUGUAUCUGAGCUUACUGCACCUUGUGACUUAGUAACAAAAGGCAUCAGAGUUUUGGUUGCGGACGAAGCUCUGGAUGUGCUAAGCACUGUGAGAGAAAUGAAAGUGGCCAAUUUCCGACGGGUCCCAAAGAUGCCAAUCUACGGCAUGGCACAGCCUAGUGCAGAGGCUUGUGGCUUGGUCCUGACAUACUUGAGUGAUGAGAAGAGGAAUUACAGCAACAUUCUGUGGGUGACCUUACGGGAGGAGCUUGUGCUGGAUGGAAAUGGCCAAGUAUAUACCCCCCGUGAACCAACCUGCUUGGAACAGCCUAUCAGUGUACCCACCAGUUCAUCAGAGCAGUUGGAGAAACUAGAAAGUGGCCUUAAAAAUGAGAUUUUGGCAUCGCAGAAGUUGCUUGAAAUACAGCUGGAGCAAGAGAAGCAGACGAAGUUGUUUACAAGUUGUCUCACCAUGCAGGAGAUUUUCAACCAACUGAAGAGUUCCCAUCAGGGCCUACUGUACAGACGUGUCCCCAUCCCUGACUGUAGUGCUCCAAGAGAAAAGGACUUUGACAAGUUAUUUGAAGCCAUGAAAGCAGUUUUCGCAGAUGAUUCCCACUCAGCAAUUGUAUUUAACUGCCAUAAUGGCAAAGGAAGGACAACGACUGCCAUGGUGCUGUCGGUCCUCGUUUUCUGGCACUUCAAGGGAAUUCCUGAAAAUAGUGAAGAAGAACUCGUGAGUGUGCCAGAUGCCAAGUAUACAAAGGGAGAAUUUGAGAUUGUGAUGCAGAUAGUUCGACUGUUGCCCAAUGGAAACAAAAUGAAGAAGGAAGUAGACCUGGCUCUGGAUAUUGUGAGCGAGACCAUGACUCCUAUGCAUUACCACUUAAGAGAAAUCGUUAUCUGCACUUACAGGCAGAUUAAAACAGCCAAAUCUGAGAAGGAAAAGCAGUUGCUACAGCUGCGAAGUUUGCAGUACCUGGAGCGAUACAUUUACCUCAUCCUCUUCAAUACCUACUUGCAUUUGGAAAAGCAAGAUUCCUGGCAAAGACCCUUCAGCACUUGGAUGUAUGAGGUUGCAGCCAAGGCUGGAAUCUUUGAGAUCCUGAAUCGCUUGGGAUUCCUAGAAUUUGAAGACCCUGAGAACAUACCCCUCUCUCAACUGUGUUACCGCUGGUUGCAACAAAGUACAAACAGGCUUCCUUUCCGAGGCGAGUUUGCUUAGUUCCCUUCUUUGCUCUAUGAGCUGAUGGACGAUGGACUGCCUUUCCAGUAGUUGUACAGUACUGACACUCGUAAAUCAUUGGAAGUGUUCACCAUUCUGCUUGGAUGUACAUAAAGCACCGAAAAAGUUGCAAACAAUGGACAAACAUUGGAAUCAAAACUAGUGUGAGCGCUACAGAGAGUCAGUGAAGAAGGACCAAUCUGGAACACUCUCACAGAGAACUGAUGCGGAUUCAAUGGGCUGAGUGCUCUUCUGUACCAUAAACAACAUGGCUUUAUAUCAGAGGACUAAGUUGUUGCUUAAUAUUCUUGAACACACAGAAUGAAAGUUAUUAGAAAGGCUCCUUCAACCAUAGAGAAAGAACAAGACAUAGUCGGUCUGUUGAGAGUGCUUCAAAAAUUUGCAAUGAUCCAAUUCCAACCUUAAUAAGACAGUAGCAUUAGGCACUACACUGUCUUUACAGAAAUGAGCAUUACUACAAAAUGCUAAGUCUACAAAAGGACGUGGGUAUGCAUUAAAUAGGAAAACCGUCAUGCAAUCAGAAUCCUUCACUCACUAGACUACUUCUUCAACGACCCACUGUUGUAUAUCCUCUGACCUUUUCUUAGAAUUUAGUGACUAUACUGUAGAGCGUAUGUUCAAUUUAUAACAAGUCAUAACACAUUCUUUUCAUUUGGAAUUUCUGAAUCUUGCAAUUGAUGUGAAACUUAAAGCAUUUCCACUGUACGUUAAAUGUGCAACAUUAAUUUCUUUUGGAAUAACCUGAUUUGUUUGGCACAGGAAAUAACUGAAUAAGUGAAACGUAUUAGUUAAAGUUAUCUACUUAGAUUCCAGAUGCACUAUCUUUUUUUCCCCACUCAAUUUUGCUGAGUUACAGCUGUUUUGGUAUAUCCAGCACAGUUUUGUGCUUUUGCUGUUCAACACCACAGUGUUAUCACAAAUAAUUCAAUGUUUAUCUCUUUUGUGCCUUUUAAAAUGGAGAAAGAUUGUUAUAGUGGUUUCAGUUCUGGUUUUUGCUAAUUAUAUAUUUCAGUUAAAAUGUUUCAACAAUGCCUUUUUACAAUCAUUACAAAAUGACUUUGUUAACACUGCUGGAGUUAGAUAUAAUGCUCAUUUCAAACCAGAAGGACUGUUCACCUGUGUCCUAAUGAGGACAAAAGCUUGUUUAAUCGGACCUUUAACGAGGGUUUUGUGGAUGCCGAAUAGUAUUUGUAAAUAAAGGGAAUAUAUGUUUUGUACUUUUAGAGAAUUUAUAUAUUUAAAACCUUGAAUCAUGAAUAACCUUUGAGAAGUUUAAUGGUUCUCCCACUCCCAAAGGUAAAAUUGACCUGCUUAUAGUUUAAUUAUCUUCUUUGUUCUUUCAGCUACUUUAUAUUAGGCUAACAGUCAGAAGUAAUGUUCUUUUCCAAACCUAAAAAAGUUAACAUUAGAAUAGCAACUUAAGUUUAACAAAUCAUAACUAGUAUCAAAUCUGGCAUGGAGUGCAAUGCCCAAAGCUUAUCCUUUUUUAUAUCAUCCAGAGUGUUUCCAGAUUCUUUUCUGGAUUUUAGCUCUUCCUUUCCUUUGGUUUAACCUGUUAUUUCCAGUUGCUUUGUCUGGAUUGUCUGAUGCUCAGGCACAAUGUCCAGUGAAAAAAUCUAAGAGAAGGUGAUUCAGCAACCUAAAAGGACUGAGUUUGUUGAAUUACUCGCCAAGCUGGCUUGUUCUCAUUCAAGUGUACAAACAGAUCAGCAGUCCACCAACGGGGUCAACCAUCUCAGGACUCAUCGCAGAAGCAGUCAUGUAAAGACUAGAACACACCACCCUCCCCCACAUUCAACCUAAACUAUGGAUCCGGUACGUAGAUGACACAUUUAUCAUUAGUAAAUGCAACAAAUUUGAAGAGACGUAUCACCUCAUCAACAGCAUAUUUGCAGGGAUUAAAUUCACAAGGGAAAAAGAAAACAACAAUCAACUUCCGUUUCUGGAUGUUAAAGUUGAGCGUAUGACCGACGGGGAGUUCCAAACCUCAGUAUACAGAAAAGCAACCCACUCUCAACUUCCACAGCAACCACCCAACGUCCACAAACAAAGCUGCAUUAGGACACUAUUUAAAAGGGCCAAGACACUGCAACACUCCAGAACUAUGUAGGAAAGAGGAACAGCACCUAUACAAAAUCUUCGCUAUAAAUGGAUAUCCCCACAACUUCAUCCAUGGAUGCCUACUAAACAGACAACAACAGGAGGACACAGUAUGCCCUAAUACGCUGGUCACAGUGCCCCACACCACGAACAUAUUGGAACUGAUGAAUGAGAACAAGCCAGCUUGGCGAGCAAUUCAACAACUUCACCCUUAACCUAAGCCACAGAUCUUUGCCAAAACUUAAAAGGGCUAUUAACUAUUGUACUGCCAUGGUUAUCAUGCAGAUUUUUUCAGAAUUUUGAUGACUGCCAAAUAAGAUCCCUUUGAUUUAGAGCAGGAGAGGGAGACUUGCUGAAUUCUGCUAUAUGCAACUGCUUCACUUUGGAAUUAAAUGAAGACAUAGAAGCUAUACUGGGGAAUGGAAAGCAGAUGCAAUGGGGAGGAGUAAGAAAGGGAUGUCUGGACUACAAAAAAAAGUUACUUGCUGGAGAACCCAAAAAAUACACUCAACACUCUUAAUGCUAGGACAGAUGAUAGGCUUUGUUAUGUUGAAGAAUAUGCCAUUGAGAAGGAUGCUAUCAGGUUGAAUCUGCCCAAGAAUCUAGCCAGAAGCAGUGCACUUCAGUUAUGUUUUCCUUUGAUUUUCUUUAUACCUAUUCAACAGGCAUAUUUUCACCUGAUCAUCAGUGUGUUUGAAAAUAAUUGACAGAUCAUGGUUUCUUAAAUGGGAUUUUGGAAUAACAUUGUAGAUACCUUUGUAGAUGUGGUUGCUUAUAUUUUUAGUGGCAAGAUUCCCAAUCAUAGGAUUACUUGUAUACCCAAGGAACAAAUGCUUAAUUCACAUCAGCUGCCAGCAACUCAAUGAAUAAACAUGGAAACAGCACCUCACUGUUUAUUACAAUAUUGUGUUGUGAACUGACAAUUCAUCAAGCAUAUUUUUGUUUCCACGGUUUCAGUUAAUGAAUGGAGAUUAAUUCCUUACCAUCAGGAUUACAGCAAUAUAAUUUAUAAAGAAACAUAACACAUUCAUAUUUAUUAAAGAAACAUUGCAAUUAUUUAUUUGUUAACUCAUGUGUCCACAAUGCAAGAAAAUCUGCUUGACCUAGAUAGUACCUUCCACCAGAGUGAGUCAGCACUUGUCUAACCAGUGUAAUGUAAUGGUUAGGAUCUAGUAUGUUUACAUAAAUGUACAACUCAAUCUUAAAAAUUGAAGAGCCGAUCAACAAGAAGUACAUUUGACUUCCUUAGGAAUUGUUGCCAUAUUUCUUUAAUUGGCUAUUGGUUAAUUAAAAGAAAUUUGCAUGUCUAGCCAGUCUUGUAACACAAACUCGGAAACCAGCUGUCGUUCCUCCCUGUAUUAUUCGCUGGUUGGGCUUUUCAUCUCAUUAGAUAGGAAUUGGAGUGAAAGUGAAUCUUUAGGCAGCUGAAAGCAAACAUUCUCAUCUGGAAGUUUAAUACUAGAUGUGGUUCAGAACUUGUAUUGAAUGGCAUAGUAAGAUAGGAUGAGGCUUUGAAGAUGUUGUGGUAACAGGGAAACAUUCUUUCUAAAAGCAGGAAGAAAAACACCACAAUCCCAUUUGUUCCAGUUAUAACUUCCCUGUAAUUGAAGGUUACACUGGAAUCUGUUUUAAAUUGUAAAAGAAAUUCACUGUUGUUUUGCUACUGUUAGAAAGCCUGCCAAGACAUGACCAUUAGCUAGAGAUUUACAGUUAGUCUUACUUUCUUGAACCACACUCCAUCAAGGUACCAGAAGUUAAUGUCCCACUCAAGAAAAGUUUUGCAGGUUCAAUCUUAUUUGCAGAACAGCCAUAAAUAGUAGCCUUCAGUUCAUUCUUUCUUGGUGAUUUAAAACUAAGUGAUAAUAUCCUUGGACAUCACCUUACAAACCUGCAAGUUUGACCAGCUUGAAGGAUAAGGGCGGAAAAUGGAUGGGGAACACCAUCACCCACAAAUUCCUCUUCAAAUCAUACACCAUCUUGAAUUAGAAUCACAUUGCUGUUCCUUCAUUGUCACGAGGUGGAUCAAAACCCUGCAAUUCCCUCGCUACAGUACUUUGGGUAUCCUCAUACUAUACAGAGUGCAACAGUUCAAGAAGGUGGCUCACCAAGGCCAAUGCAAUUAAAGAUGUGCAAUAAAUGCUGGCCUAGUUACGUUACAUGACCAGAUAUUUUAAAAAUGCUCCCAUUUGAAGAAGAGUAAUUCACCUAAUGUCCUGGCCCAUAUUUUUUAUUCAACCCACAUUACUGAAAUGGAUAAUCUCACUAUUAUUUGUGGGACUUUAUCGCACAUAAACUGACUAAUGCAUUUACCUACAAUAGAAUCAUUGCUAUUCUUCAGUGGCAAUAUAGAAAAUUUACAACAUUUCAAGGUCAUAAAAGACAUCUUAAGUUGUAGUCUUUGUUUUAAUUGUCUCUAGUAAGGCCACCCAAGAAAGCAACCUCAUUGAAGUGAUCCUCUGGCUAUUUAAUGAAGCUAAAUGAACCAAUGCCUUUUAAUUUAUAGGCCUGUAACUUUGAAACCUCCCUGUAAAAAUGAAAUAUUUUUAAGUUUCAUACAAUUUCACGUAUAGCUUAUCACUGGUUUGCUGUUUUGACAAAUAGCUCACAUGCUGCCAAAUGUGAGACAGUGCCUUAUGCAUAAUAGUACAAAUUCAGAAAAAAGGGUAAUACAUCAGCAAAGGAGUGCUAAAAUCAUGAUUUAUUAGAUUUUGAAAUGCGUUUUCCAAUGAUAAUCUAUUUUCCAGACGUAGUUUAGAAAAAAAUGUAAAUUACUUAUUCAAUUAAUUUGUGUGUAGAUUUUAUUGCCUUAUUUUAAUAAUGUGUUCGUUUUAAGUAUGCAAACUGUUUCUGUGCUAAGUUGGAAACAGAUCUGUGAAUUCUAUCAUUCAAAAGAGAAAGGAAAAGAACAUUUUCACAAAGUGAUGAAUAUUAUCUCAAAGGAUUUCAGCACUGAGUCAAAAUGAUCGUGUGCUGACGGGGUACUGUUUAGAGAUUUACUGUUUCACUAUUGUAAAGCUUGUCUUUUGUUUGCAAAGAGUAACUUGUUUGCAACAUUUUAAAAUUUACGAAGUACGGCACUUUCUGUGAACGGCAACACUUUUCACAAUGCUUAAUUUCGUGGUACA